AUGAUUUAAUUUAAUAGUGUUUCUCUUUGGAAUUGUAAAAGAUAUGUUUCUGCAUAGUUCUCAACUUCUUCACUGGGCCAGAUUUCUUCAACGAAUUCAAAGAACAGUAAGGACAUGCAAAUUUCAGCUUGUUUCUGUUCAUCUGUGUCUAUGGAGGCAGAAGAUUUGAAAAAAAAUCUCCCUCUACCCUUCGUUUCUCGCAAGUUCUUCUUUCUCUCCUGGAUCCUGUGCAGCGUGAUGCCGGCUAAGCCAAGAAAAAAUCCUCAAAAUUAUGAACAUGGUGAAAAAUAAAGAAGUGAGCAUUGAAGGAGCUUUGCAUUUGGCACAGAAGGAGGUGCAUGCUGAAAAGGAUUCAGAGGAUUUGCUAACUGGGUCACAAUUUAACUUCAGUAUCUACAAAUACAAACACUAUCGAUGGCAGAAACGAAUUUUGCAGAUUGAUUUCAACACAAAAACCAUUUUUAACAUUGAAAAAGGAAAUAUUAAGAAACAGUUCCCCUUCUCCCAAGUCAAAGCCUGUGAAGAUACUGAAAGGAGACGCUUCAGCAUUGUGUUUCAUGGGCGCCAAGAUUAUGAGUUGGAAGCAGUGUCUCUUGAUGAUAAAAGAAAGAUAACAUACCUUCUGAGCAGAGUUAUACAGAGUAAUUCAUACAAGAGACCAGCGGAGUCCUGUACUGGAAGACCUGCAGAAUAUGAUGUGAUACAUGAAGGACUGCUGGAUUUGCAGCAAAACAGUUUUACGUCCACUGAAUGGGUGAAGUACUUGGUGCAACUACGUGAAGGAGAAUUGACCUUAUAUUGUAUAAGUCUGGGAAGAGAGAACAAGAAUGCAGACCCUGUAACAAAUACAGUUAAUUUGUCAGGUGGUAAUGUGAGUGUCAGCAAGGAGAAUGGAUGUGGUACCUUUUCAGUCCAGACCAAAGAACACAAUUAUUUGUUUCGAAUACCCUUUACUGUCCAAAAUAACAGGACAGAGGAUGUUAGCAAGCUCCAGAAUGAAUGGGUAUCUCUUAUAGAAAAGUAUUGUCAGCUGUGGAAGGGUGUUUCACUGUCUCGGGAAGGAUCUCAGGAAUGCAUCUCAUCUGAGGCUGAUUAUGAGGAAGUUAGUGUAUCUCUGAAUGAAGAAACAGAGGAUGCCCUCCACACUGGUGUGAGCUUGGCAGCAGCCAGUCCGAAUAAGUCUUCAGCAUCCCAAACAAAGCCUGCAGCAGAGGAAGUAGUGCCAGUGUCACCAGCUCUUCCACUUUCCGUAGGCAAGGCAGAGGUACCACCAGCCCCACCUGCUUUCCUGCAGCCCUGCAGCCUCUCUCCAUUGGCAAAGAGAACCAAAGCCUUUCACUGGGAUGUUGUUCCUUGGGAUAAGAUUCAAAAAUCCAUCUGGGGAUCAUGUGACCCACACAAGAGAAAAAUAGAUGUAUCUAGACUCUGUGAUCAGUUCCAGAUCCAGGAUGUGGCAGUAUUUUUUGGCAAUGAACCUUCAGUGAAUCAGCACAUCAUGUUGGAUCAAAAAGUUGCACAUAACUUCAACAUUUUUCUUAAAAGUUUCCGAAUAAAACCAAGCCAGCUGAAAGAAAAACUAUAUAUUAUACAUGAAGAGAGUGGUGGACUUACAGAUGAGCAGAUUACAGCACUCAGAAGAUAUAUGCCAACACCAAAAGAUGUAGAAAGGUACCAGUCCUUCAGGGGGUCCCCUUCAGAGCUGCAUGUCGUGGAUCAGUUUAUGUUAGAGAUGUGUAAAAUCCCACAUUUAGGCCAGAGGCUGGAUCUCCUGCUUACCAUACGUGAACUCCCUGUGAGCAUAAGGGAUUUGGAGCCUCUAAUAAACCAGAAAAUCCAAGCAAGUAAGCAGCUGCAAUCCAGCCAGAAAUUUGUUGCUGUCUUGGAGUACAUUUUAGCCAUUGGGAACCUUUUAAAUGAAAAGGCUGGAAAAGAGAAGGCUAGAGGAUUUCGACUAUCUUCUUUGAUGAAAUUGUCUCUGUUGCGGGGUAAGGACAGGACAUUCACCUUGCUUCAUGCCCUUGUGGAACAGAUCUUUUUACACGAGCCUGACUUGGCUAAAUUUUCUCAGGACCUGACAGAAUUUGAAGCUGUUCCUGACGCUUCCAUGAAAGGACUCAGUGCUGAAGUUGAUGUUUUAAAAAAAGAAUUGGAAAAUGUUACUCAGUGCAGGCGGCUUAUCAAAACCAAGACGACCAAGGCAACACCCCAGGAGUCACAGUUCUGCAAGGAACUAAAGGAUCUAAUUCAGAAGUAUGAAGGGGACCUAUCCUUGCUGUCAAAAAGAUGUGAUGAAAUGAAGAAGCUUUAUAGUGACAUACUGGUAAAGUUUGGGGAACCACAAGAUCUAGACUCUCAGGAACUAUUUGGAUGGAUAUCUUCAUUUAUUUGUGAGUUUAGGAAGGCAUGUAUUGAUGUCAUGCCAUAAAGACAACACAAUUGUUAUAAAGAGGGAAGGGAAAGAGAAGUCCAGAAACAACAUUUAGGUUAAUCGAUUUGAAAGUUUUAUUAGUAUGAAGUAGCACAUAGAUAGUAUAUCAUCUUUACAGGAGUAUACUUUGAUUUUAAGAGAGAUUCAGUUGAUACUGUAGUUUUGUAAGUGAUAUUUGACCUGUAGAAUCACAGAUGACCUAUAAGCUUUGUCCUCAUUUUUUCGAUGUAUGUGCUUUUUUACCUUGAGAUGCUUAUGUAUUUAGAAAGGAGACAUUCUUCACAUUUUAUGAAUUCUCUUUUAAUCUUUUUCUUUUAUACCCAGUCUUCUGACUGAGCUGUAACUAUUACCCUCAGUGACUAAAUUUCUGCAUGGUGAUCUAAUUGUUCACUAUUUUACUUUAAUUUUCCAGAUAAUAUUUCAUAAGUUUUAUAAUGAAAUGGGGAGCUGUUACCCUAUAGAGGACAAUAUCGAGCAAAAAUUUGUGUUUGUCUUCAGCUCUUAAAGCAUUGCAGCUUUAAUAUAAAAUCGAGAAAGUAUCUGGCUGGGUAAUGUUUUUUUCUCCAAAGUAGUACAAUAAAGCAGUGCUUUUUUAUGGCUGAUGUCAUGGAUUCAGGUGAAAUACUAUAGUAAGUCAGUCAAUAUGCAAGAUUUGCAUUGGUAGGAACAGAGCAAUAUCAGAGAGGUAAAAUAAAAACUCAUCAUGAUGCAUUUAAGUAAUGGAUACUGGAGAUAAUUAUCCAUGGUUUUCAAAAGAGAAAAUACUUUUGUUGUAUCUGUUGGCUUUUCCGUGUAUUUAAUUAGAAUAAUUAUCUGGAGUUCAAAAAUGUGAAAGGAAAAGGAAGUCUAUAAAUGUAGAGACAAAAAAGGAUGUAUUUAACCUUGAAAGCAGAAAAUAGCUCAGCAAGGCCAUUGUUAAAAUUUGGCAUUUUCUCUGCUGGUGUUGAAAACAAUUUUGUUUGGGGCGAAGUGUAUUACUCGACUUAUUUUAAAUCUGACUGCCCAGUUCUCAAGACGUUUUGGCCUUUGACGAAAAUGCUGAACACUCUCCCUGACUUAAGUACUAAAAGCAGUUAGGUCUUACUCUGAAAGGCUUAGAUGUACUUAAAUGCUGAAUCUGAACAUCAUCAGAACCCUCUGUCAGCUGGCAUAUAAAAUUUCUCUCUAACAUUUCAUUUGCUGUUGCAAAUGUUGCCAGUGCUGAGCACCUAGGUAUUUAGAAACCGUUCCAGUAAAGAACCUGGGCAACCACCAGUCAGAUGUUGCAAUACCUAAAUUUUAAAUGCUGGUUCACCUAUCACUCCAGACAAUAAAAGCCCUUUAAGACAACCACCGAGGAUGUAGAAACACUUACCAGUGGGUUGUUCUGUCUGGAAAGCAGAGACGAAAGCGCCCAAGACUUUCUCAUGGCCUCAGUACUUUAAAGGGCAUAGCCAGCUGCUGUUCCUGGAUCCUUACAGAGAGAACUUCUGAUAUGACAUGACUGACAGCAGACCCCACUGCUAAAAGGAAGAGAAGUGUUCCUGUGAAUAGUAUGGCCAUCAUGGCAAAGGCAAGAGGCCUCUUUCACACCAGCCGCGACACAGCUGCUGAGGGAAGGGGAUGCAGCCAAGCUCCUGCCAGCUUCUGGGCACUAGGUGCUCCCUUCCCUUUGGAACCUCACACCUGCUCCUGAGGGUGGGUGCAGAUGCCUGCGAAGAAGCGAGCAGUAAUCACGAGUGGUCUUUUAAAAUGUGAGUUCCCGCCUCUAAUUUGAGUAGCCACUCAAGGAGUGGCACCCUGACUGAAAGGAUUCGAACCUUAUAAUCCCCCUCUUAAAGGAGUGCUCUGGCCACCCGCUGCGUUGAGAAGAAAGGUGUGCUAACCAGGUGGCGUUUCGUUUCUGGCCAAUGAACAAUAACUGCAAGGAAAUGUCUUCAAGAGGUAGUAUCAAGUGUGAAGCAAGUGCACUGGUGAGUAAAGAAGCAAGUGUUCUUCCAACUGCACCUUGUAAGAAACAAACCUGGCACCAGCUGUGAAUGCCAAUGGACCUCACUGCUUAAUUUCUAUACUUUAAAUCCAUCCCUUAUCUCAUGAGAUUUCUAAAAAGAUCUUUGAGGAAGAGGAUCUAAAGAGUCUGUAUUCAGUAUGCUUAAUAUCAUUUUCAGGCAGCUACUUAUUAUAUAUAGAUACUGCUUAGUGUCAGAGAGAAGCUGCCUGAAGUAAGGGUGUGGAGUGAAGCAGGCAGAAAAGUAUUUAGAGGUUACACACAGGCCGCUCAACUUGUAACGUCUGUCUCACUUGUGUACCGGGCAUCCGUAAACUCCUGAAUACCUGCUUUACAGAAAGUGCAUCCUUUUGUCUUCUCCACAGUCUGUUGUCAGGACUAUGCUUCCAGUUAAGAACAUGUAGUCAUGUCUCUCAGAGGCAAAAGGAAUAUAAUAAAAAAUAAAUAGCUUAAUUAGUAUCCCUGAUUAGUAUCCCUAAUACUCAUUUUACAGAAAAGCAUUUACAGAAGAAAUAUAGGGUUUUAAUUUUACAGAAAACAUGUUGGCUACAUUUUUCUCAAGUCAGCAUCAGAAUGCUGAAAUCAGGUAAACAUUGAAGUCAAUGGGACCUAUAUAUGUAUCAGAAACUGCAGCUUAGGUCACUCUUUUCUGAUUGAAAGAGAAAAAUUAAAUUUAUCUUUAUUGUUCUUGUAUCUCUAUAUCAUAGUGCACUAUUGAGUGCAUAUAUGUGCACUGUAAACAAUACUUGCAUUUUCUGAUGUGUAUCAGAUCCUCUCCAAAAUCUGAGCUGCCUUCGUUUAUAUUUGAAUCAUGUAAGAUAAUCCUGAAUACAAGUGCCAUUUCCAUGGUAUCAGGAUCCCUGCAGCCCUGAACAGCAUUCGUGAUGGUUAUGAUAAGCUUCAUGUUUUUCCACCAUUACCUUAGCUCAGGAGUCCUGGGAAGUCUCUUUUAGUUAAAAGUUGGGUUUUUUUCAUGACUGACUUUUCCCCCUAUUUUUUUUUCUCUAUUAUUGUAUCUAACAGCCUGUACUUGUUUUAUAGCUCAGCUAGCAUGGCCUCUUCCAAUUAAAAAUACAUUCUACACAGUAGCUGAUAUCUAUGUCUUUGUGUAACUUAAAAGAUUGAUGUCCAAAUACUUUCUUGGCAAGAAGCUCUAGCCCCUUCAGAGAGCAUGAAGAUUUCCUAUUGAGUGGGAGCUUACUGAGGAGACAAGUUUCAAUUUUCUCAAACAAGCCAUUUCUUCAAUGCCUGUGAGUUUCAGGGACCUCCUGAUUUAUAUGUAAAAAUAAAGAAAGAGACCUUUUCCCCCUCCUCA